AUGGGAAUGAGAGUUUUUCUUGAUUCAAAAGAGCUUGAAUUGGGGGAUUUCCUACCUAAAGAAAUAGAAUCGGCGAUGCCCAGUGCUAAGCUUCAUAUAGCUAUUUUUUCCGAGAAUUAUGCACAGUCCGCGUGGUGUUUGGCAGAGGUUUCGUUUAUGCUCAAAACUGGCACCCAAAUUGUUCCCGUUUUCUAUCAUGUUCAGCCAGAGGAUGUUCGACAUGCUAAAGGAGUCUUUGCUGAGGCGUUUUCCAGGCAUGAAAAGAUGGGAAGAUACAACAAAGAAAAGAUUCAGGAGUGGAAGACUGCGCUCCACAGUGUUUCAUAUUAUAUGGGUCACAUCAUUAAUAACAAGGAGUGA